AUGUUGUGCAAACUCUCGCUUGUCAGUUCAAACCGAAUGCUCGCCAUAUUGAUGAGCAUAUUGACGGUUGGCGGCCUCUUCCAAGUCCAACGAUGCCCUGCAGAAAGUCUCUCUCGUUUCUCGCCCUAUCCCAUCCCAUAUAUCCCAUCCCAUCCCGUCCUAUUCUUAUCCCGAUGUUUCUACUGUGCUUCGAGUCGGUCCCAAGUGCGAAACGGACGCGAAAAGUGGCCACUCACAGGCGCCUCUCAGCCUGGGCGACCCAGCCCAAGGCCCACAAGCGUCACUAUCAAGUUGAUAGAGGCGCCGCCGCAACAUCUUACCACGGUGUCAAUCGUGCAGCUGUGGAUUGAUGGAGUUUAG